AUCGUAAGAUCUUCUAAUAUCUUGGAGGGGUUUUUUUGUGUUUUUUUUUUUAUAAAUAGACAGUAGAAGAUUCAGUCUCUAUGCUGGAAAUGUACAUUUCUAUUUGGGAAGAACAAAGAAAUAAAAUGCUAAAUUCAGCUAGAAAAGCUACCACCACAAAAAGAUCAAAGACAAAACAUUUGAAACAUUUUCGUCUUAAAAAAAAAAAAGGGAGAGCAAAAGAAUAAAAGAGAUGGAAAUUGUGUUUUAUUUUAGAAAAAUCCCCACUCUGACGUGCUGAGCUACACUCAUGAGUCACAACUUUGUUUGAUUUCCUCUGAUUUCAUUCAUCUGGCGUUUCCAGGCACGAGGACGGGACGGUGCGCUUCUGGGACGCGUCGGGCGUCGCCCUCACGCCGCUCUACAAGCUCGGCACGGCCAACGUCUUCCACACCGAYUGUGACGAGCCGCCAGACCCCAGCAAYGACCCCGACAUGCAGCAGGAGGAGGAAUGGCCCCCUUUCAGGAAGGUGGGCUGCUUCGACCCGUACAGCGACGACCCCAGACUUGGCAUCCAGAAAAUCAGCCUGUGCAAAUACAGCAGCAAGCUGGUGGUGGCCGGAACAGCCGGCCAGGUGAUCGUCCUGACCCUCAACGACGAGCCGUCAGACCACUCGGUGGACGUGUCGGUGGUGGACCUGCUGCAGGACAGGGAGGGCUUCACCUGGAAGGGCCACGACAGGCUGGAGGCGCGCCUCAAACCCGCGCCCUUCCCGCCGGGCUUCCAGCCGCAGGUGCUGGUCCAGUGCCUGCCGCCCGCGUCGGUCACGGCGGUGGCGCUGCAAACGGAGUGGAACCUGAUCGCCUUCGGGACGAGUCACGGGUUCGGCCUGUUUGACUAUCACCGGCGAAACACGGUGCUGGCGAGGUGCACCCUGCAUCCCAACGACUCGCUGGCGAUGGAGGGUCCGCUGUCCAGAGUCAAGUCCUUAAARAAAUCCCUUCGCCAAAGCUUCAGACGCAUCCGUAAGAGCAGGGUGUCUGGAAAGAAACGCGCCAUCACCACCCCAACCAGCAAGGUUCAGGAGGCCAACGCGGCUUUGGCAGAGCAGGAGGAAGUGGCUCCUGUGCAGCGACGGAUCGAGCCUCGGUCAGCGGACGACUCAUUGUCAGGAGUGGUUAGAUGUCUCUGCUUCGCUGACACAUUUCUGCGUGACG